AUGGAGGGCAAUAGCGGUUGGCGGUGGCUGGUGGUAGUGGUGGCAUGGUUCAUGUUGUCAACUGUGGCAUACAUGGUAGCCGGAGGUGUGGCGGUGGUGGUGGCAACGAUGGUAAUGGUGGUGGUGGUGAGUGUUAGCGGACGUGGUGGUGGUGAUACAAGUGGUGUAAGUGGCAUUUGAUCUGUUUUGGGUAUGAAUUACACGAAGUAUAGAAAAGUAGGAAACUUGAGACUUGCAAGGAUUCAGAAGCAUUUGGAUAACCUCAACAAGCCUCCCGUUUUAUCCAUUCAGAGCCCAGAUGGAGAUAUUAUUGAUUGUGUUUAUAAAAGAAAACAACCAGCAUUCGAUCACCCCCUCCUCAAAACUCACAAAAUCCAGAGAGUGCCACCAAAAAUGCCAACGGUGAAAUCAAUGGUGAAAACACAGGAGGAAGAUCCUAGUGGCAAAUCUGCAAAUAUUAGUCAAAAUGAAGGGUAUAUAAGAAGAGAUGCUUGGCAAAUGUGGCACCAAAAUGGUAAAAGGUGUCCCAAAGGGACAGUUCCGGUGCGACGGAGCACGGUGCACGAUGUUCUGAGAUCAAAUUCAUUAUAUGAUUUUGGCAAAAAACGACGUAGUAAUGCACCACUUGCAAGACGUGCUGAUGCACCUGAUGUGGUUAGUGGAAACGGCCAUGAGCAUGCAAUAGCAUACACAGGAACAUCAAGUGAGAUUUACGGGGCAAAAGCGACAAUAAACGUGUGGGACCCAAAGAUAGAAGUGAUUAAUGAGUUCAGUCUUUCCCAGAUUUGGGUUCUUUCCGGGUCUUUCGAUGGCUCUGAUCUCAAUAGCAUUGAAGCUGGCUGGCAGGUCAGUCCGGAACUUUAUGGUGACAGUAGACCUCGAUUAUUCACUUACUGGACGAGUGAUGCAUAUCAAGCAACCGGAUGUUACAACUUGUUAUGUUCAGGAUUCAUACAGACCAAUAGCCGAAUCGCUAUUGGUGCUGCUAUUUCCCCGCUAUCUGAAUUCGAAGGAAGCCAAUUUGACGUUACCAUAGUCAUUUGGAAGGAUCCGAAACUUGGGAAUUGGUGGAUGGGGUUCGGAGAGAAUACACUAGUAGGGUAUUGGCCUGCAGAGCUAUUCACACAUCUUGCUGACCGAGCAACAAUGGUGGAAUGGGGAGGUGAGGUCGUGAAUUCACGAGCAAAUGGUGAACACACAUCCACUGGAAUGGGGUCGGGUUAUUUUGCAGAAGAUGGGUUUGGAAAAGCAAGCUAUUUUCGAAACCUAGAGAUAGUUGAUUCGGAUAACAGUCUCAUCUCAGCUCAUGAUAUAUCGACUCUAGCCGAGAACAACAAUUGUUAUAACAUUAAAAGCUCUAGCAGCAGUCAAUGGGGCACAUACUUUUACUAUGGUGGGCCUGGAAGAAAUGAUCAAUGCCGAUGACACUCACAAAGUCACAA